GUAGAACCCCAAGACAAAGGCGUCACUUCCUUCACGGUUUCUCAUAAUUGUUUCGCCUUUUGAUAGCUUUUUCCUGUUUCACAACUGUUUUCUCUCUGAUUUUUCUAACUACAUUUUUCCGUGACUACUUAAAAGAUUGAACCCCACCGCUGCUGGUCUGUGAAGGAAAACAGUCCCAACAAAGCAGCAUCAUGUCUGCAGAGCUGGACUUCUCCCCUCCUGAAGUCCCUGAGCCGACCUUACUGGAAAGCAUCCUGCGCUACGGUUUGUUUCUGGGUGCAAUCUUCCAGCUUAUCUGCAUCCUGGCUAUCAUCUUCCCCACAUCCAAGAGCCAUGAACAGGAGGAGACAGAGUCCACUGAUGGGAAAACGACAGAACCAGUGAAGAAACCCAAAGGACCAGCACCUCAGAUUCGACAGAAACCAAAGAAAGAGAGCAAAAAGAAACGAUAGAGCUUUGUGCAUCUGAGUUUGUUUGUUUUUGUCAUCUGAUACAUUUUAGUUAUUAUUACAACACUACAUGGAACACAUUUCUCAAUGAUCCUACUUUCAUAUUCACACAGACUGCAAAAAAACACGAUGUUCAUUGACAGUGAAGAGUUUUCGUUUCCCUUCAUUUUAUUAAUAAAUAUUGAAGAUAUUGUUGGAAAUGCAUGUGGAUUACAACUGACCAAUAAAGUCAUUCACCUCA